UUUAUUUAUUUUUACCUUUACAUUAAUUUCUCAAAACAAAUCAAUUAACAACGCGCCAUAGUUUCAUAAAAUGUGAAUUUUGUUCUCUUCUCUUUGUUUUUCUCCCACAACAACUGUUUCAUGAGGAGUUUCUUGAUCUCAGUUUCACCCACUCAUUGGUUUUAUCAGCUCCUUUUCUUUUCCUUCGCCUCCUUCACUAAAACAUUCGCACGAGAUCUCAGCAAUUACAAUUUGGCUGGUUCUGACUCGAUCAAGCUUUUGACUCCAACAAAAAAAAUAUAAAAAAAAAAACAUGGAAGGAGACACAUUCUCUGGUCUCGGCAACGGUACACAGAUUGAUAACAAGAUCUUGCAAACGUUUAAGAAAAGCUUUGUUCAAGUCCAGGACAUCUUGGAUCAGAACCGGGUACUCAUCAAUGAGAUAAACCAGAAUCACGAGUCCAAGGUCCCUGACAAUCUCAGCAGAAACGUUGGCCUUAUUAGGGAGCUUAACAACAACAUCAGAAGAGUGGUUGACCUUUAUGCGGAUCUUUCGAGCUCCUUUACCAAAUCCAUGGAGGUUUCUUCCGAAGGGGAUUCCAGUGGUGCUGUAAAAUCUGACGGCAAAGCUGGCCACAAACGACACAGGCCUCUUUAGGGAACUUUUUUGUUUUUCUUCUUUUUCUUUUAAUUUCUUUUCUUUUUUUGCUUGGUGGAGAUGCACGAUAUAACAAUUGUGUUGAGGGGUAGAUCAAGAUUAGGUUCUGUAGCCGAAGCCCUCUUGUAUUACAGAACUUUCUCUAGCUCAUCGCUUACUGCUUACAUUUCAAAUAAAAACAAAUGAUUUUCCGGAAUUUCUGAGUUCUAUCAUAACCUUGUGACUGUGGAUCUAAUAGGAAUGUAACAUGUUUGUGUGCCUAUUUAAUCAUGCUGCUGUCUUUCAAAAGGUGAAUAAGAACAACCCCUUUUGUUUCCUA